AGGCGGUUAAUAUUUGAACGCAGACGGUGGAGGAAGCGACCGAGCAGGCUUGGGGAAUUCGGUGAAUUGCGUUCCGGCUGUAGCGAAUGAACUUUUGGAGGCUCUGUCCUGGAUUGUGUUGGGCCAAAACAGGCCAAUACAAAUUACCAUGGCUUCGGAUGGGAAUGAAUGGGAAUUGAGCAAAGAAAAUGUGCAGCCUCUGAGGCAGGGACGAGUAAUGACUACUUUGCAAGGAGUUUUGGCUCAGCAAGAUGUUUCUACUCACACAGUUAUUCAGCAGCAAAAGAGGGCAUUUGAAUCUGAAAUUCGCUUUUACUGUGGGAAUGAUCCAUUGGACAUCUGGGACAGGUACAUCAAAUGGACAGAACAGACCUUUCCUCAAGGAGGUAAAGAGGGCAAUCUUUCAGCUGUUUUGGAGAGAGCUAUUCAAGCUUUGAAUGAACAGCAGAGAUAUUACCAAGAUCCUCGUUAUCUUAGCCUUUGGCUUAAAUUUGGGAACUGUUGCAGUGAACCUUUGGAUCUUUAUAGCUACCUGCAUAGCCAGGCAAUAGGCACUUCACUAGCACAACUUUACAUUACUUGGGCAGAAGAACUGGAGGCAAGACAGAAUUACAAAAAAGCUGAUGUGAUAUUCCAGGAAGGGAUCCUUUGUAAAGCAGAGCCUUUGGAUAAAUUAAUAUCCCACCACAGGGAGUUCCAAGCCCGUGUGUCUCGACAGGUUUUGGAAGAGCUAGAAAAUGAUUGUGAUGUUGAGGAGCAGUUGGACAGUACUGUUUCUGAACCACAGAGAACCACACUGGCAGAACUGAAGGGGAGAGGAAAGAAAAUCAUAAAAGCCCCAAUUAGCCGUGUAGGAAAUGCUGUAAAAGUCCCAAGCCAAGGACAGAGAUUCCAAAACCCACCAUCUCAGCAAGCCUCAGUUCGUCCCAAUUUUUCUGUGUUUGAUGAAAACAAACUUGCAGAUUCUACACCUGAUCUUCCAGUACUUACACCACAGCCUUGGGUUGCUCCUCCACCCACAAAAUCAAAGGAGAAUGAAUUGAAAGCAGGUCCUUGGACCACAGGCAGGCGUCCUCGAACCAAUACAGAUUCCAGUGUCAUGGCUUCUGCUGCAACCCCCAGCUUUACUCCAUAUGUUGAAGAGACUGCACAGCAGCAGGCCAUGACUCCUCAUAAAAUAGAGUCCAGCAUUAACUGUGUAUUAAGUGCCCGAAAACCUGGAAAAGAGGAAGAUCCACUACAUCGUGUGCAAAGCCAUCAUCAAGAUGGUCAGGAAAAGAAAGAACAGCCCAUGUAUUGUAAAGAGAGAGUCUAUGCUGGAGUAGAGGAGUUCUCCUUCGAAGAGAUUAGAGAUGAAAUCUACAGAAAAAAGAGAAGGGAAGAACUGCAGGCUUUAGCACAAAAAAAAGCUGAGUUGCAGAGAAAGAUUGAAGAAAUGGAAAAAGUGGUGAGAGAGCAGCAAGCAAAUAAGCAGAAAUUAGGCACUCAGCAACAAGUAGAACAAGAGACUGCAGCCAUAUUUUCUGCCACGUCAAAGGAUUUGAAAUUUUCCCCAACUGAACAGCAACGUGUUUUAGAUACUGAAGCAGUUGUUGAAGGGUUUCUUCCAGAGUCUUUUUCUAUGAACAGCAAUUUUGAGCUGACUGAAAGUAAUCGGUGCAAGAAUUCAAACUCCAAUGAUGCUGAGAUCUGUCCAGCUGUGAAUUCUAUGCCUUUCUCUAUUUUUGAUGAGUCAUCUGUUCUAGAAAGUAAGACUGCCAGUUUUUCACUUGGCCUUUCACUGGUACAUGAUAGAUAUCCCCUCACAGUCCGCAAACUUUCAGAAAGUGUCACCGCUAAGGAAAACAUACCUCCUGGAAAUUCUGACAACUUUCAAGGAAUUGAACCCUUGAGUGAAGAUGCAAUUGUCACAGGCUUAUAUAAGAACAAAACUCUUUGUCCUAAUCCUGAAGACACAUGUGAUUUUGUUGGGGCUGCCCAUCUAGUGUCAACACCUUUCCAUGGAAUAACAGAACAGAGAGAUCAGCUGGGUGACAAACUAGAGCAAGAAUGUCUGGAAUCUAAGACUAUACUUUUGAAUCAACAAACAGUUAUUUGUGAAGAACAGUAUGAGGAGUCCAUCUAUGUGAAAAAACUGAGUCCAAUUUUGGAGGCGAGCCAGGAAGAUACCAGAUCUUCAGCAUCAUCAAAUUCCCCAACACAAAUCUCUACUGUUAAAUUGGAACAAAUUCCAGAGAAACUGGAAUUGAUUCAUACUACUGAUGAAAUCACCAAUGAUGUUGAAAAUGCCUCUGAUGACUUUUCUGAGGAUUUGCAGAAUGCUGAACAACGCAAACAGUUCUUGCAACCUCUUCCAGAUUUCUUGACUCAGGCAUUUAACUUUAAACAGGAGGAUCAGAUUAUGCCAUGCAUGGAAUUGGAAAAAGAAGUUAAUUUAGGAAAUGCUACUUAUCAUGUUACUCAUGAGUAUUUGAUAAGUGAGCAAGACAAGAUAUUCUCUGCUGUAUCAGCUAACAUAACAAAUAAGGAUUCAGCAUUUUUAAUAAAGGUACAUUUUGAGCCUGUGCCAUGGGACUUCUACAUAUUAUUGGUACUUCAAGAGCGUCUAGGUGCUGAAUUUGACCAGAACUUUAGUCAAUACUGCACUUGUUACUUAUAUCACAAUGGCUGUGUGACUCUCCAUGAAACAAUACACUCUCUCACUGUACAGGAUAUGAUCCAGCAUGAUAAAGUUAUCCCUCAAGAAGUGGUACUGCCGAUAGUUGACAACCUCCUAGAAGUGGUGGAAAAAUUGCAUAAAGCGGAAAUUAUCCACGGGAAUCUGAAUCCGGAAACAUUGUUCUUGGGAGACAGAAUUUACACUCCAUUUGCCAUGGAGAAAACUAACAACAUUCUGAAGAUUGUAGAUUUCUCUCACAGCCUAGAUUUAAAACGACAGCCAACUGAGAAUUCACUGAAAAGCUUCCCAAUAACUCGGACCCAGAUUGGACAGCAGAUUUUUAAUGAAAACACCCCAGUACAUCAGGUGGACAUGCUUGGCAUUGCAAAUACUGCCCAUUUGAUUUUGUUUGGGGAAUACCUGCAAGUUCAUUGGGAAGACGACAGAUGGAAAACUAAUAGAGAUUUAUCUCAGUCAACCGAUGGUGAUUUGUGGAAUACAUUCUUUGACAAAAUUCUGAAUACAAAUGGGAAAUCUACUGUGCUGCUUCUGCAAGAUCUCAGAGAAGAGCUGAGCAGUUCCUUUGAUAGUUCUUUCCCCAAACACCUUUGUGAUUAUACAAAGCUGGAAGACUUCACUCGUGUUGGAGACAUGAUUCUGACAUAGAGAAAAUGCCCCUCUUAAUAUUUCCCUACUUUUCUACUUCCCUCUGUAUCACCCAAGGCAAAUGAAAGCUGAUGCUUGAUCUUAGUUCUGCUAGAUGUGUAAACAAUAGGAACAUUUUUCACAAUUAUUUACUCAUAGGUUGUCAAAUGAAGCUUAGCUGAUGCCUUAAGAAUCUGUAUAAUUGUUAUCCAUUGGCAAUAUUCUAUGCUUGCUUCUCUAUAAAUGUCCAGAAUUGACUGCUUUGUAGUAUCUUAACUUUUUCAUCCUUAAACUGUUGUAAAUUCCUUACUUGUUUGUCUUCUUUCUGUGUAACCACUGUUCAGUAAAACUGUUUUGUUGCCACCAUGAAAAUUUCAAGAAUUAUUGGAUAAAUGAAAAAUGUUGACACUAUUUCUAGUUUUUGCAGCUAUUUGGAUUGCUAGGUUCUUUAAACAAAGCUUGGUAUCUGAACAUGUUCAGAAACUGUACCAAAAAAAUCCUGCAAGAGGCAAAAUGCCAGCUCUUUGAUGUUAGUUACAUAAUUGGCAUUUCCCUACUUUUAGUGGAAGGGAAAGGGGAAAUUAUUCUUUUGCGUCUGCAUUACUACUGCCCCCACUUCUGCCACCUAUAGCUGCUAUUUGUAUCAUGAAGAAAAUUCUACUUUGAGCUGUAGUGUUUACGUCAGUAGCAGCAUUAGAUCAUUGAUUACCGGGGAAUUUUUUCCUCAAAUAUUAAUAAAUUCAUUUGGAAUUCUAAAGUGUAUAUAUUUGUACAGGUCAUUCUGUACGUAUAAAAUGAUAGGAUAUAUUUCUACAUUUGACCAUAGAUGGAAGCUGCAAUCUGCUAGUAGAGAACAUGCCAAUCUUAUGUAGUACUGCUGCCAACACUUAUUCUACAGCAGCUUAAUCUUUCCUGUGGUGAUUGCUCUAGAAGAUUGUUUGGAUCUCAUCCCUGGAUAUUUUUCACUGAAAUUUAGUUAGUAACAAUGAACUAAAUUGAUGGCAGAGGCCCAUCAUAGUAGUAAAUGAUCCUAUGAUAAUGACUGGCCCCAGUGCAUAUUAUAAUAAUAGUUUCCAGCGGUGCAGAUUAUUUUCUUGCUAUAAGAAUACGUAGAAGUUGGUCAAGAGCAAAUAACUUGACUAUCUUAAAAAUAUCUUUGCAUUUUCUGGACGCCAGUUGCGUCCCUUCCUAGACCUGGAUUCCCUACGCACGGUCACUCAUGCCCUUGUCACUUCCCGCCUGGACUACUGCAAUGCUCUCUACAUGGGGCUCCCCUUGAAGAGCACCAAGAGGCUCCAGCUGGUCCAGAAUGAGGCUGCGCGGAUAAUAGAGGGAGCACCACGAUGCUUCCAUGUAACACCUCCUGCACAAGCUGCACUGGCUGCCGGUGGUCUUCCGGGUGCAAUUCAAGGUGUUGGUUAUCAUCUUUAAAGCGCUCCAUGGCAUAGGACUGGGUUACUUACGGGACCGCCUACUCCCACCAACAGCCUCCUAUCUACCUGUGCGCUCCCAUAGGGAGGGCCUCCUCAGGAUGCCGUCAGUCAAGCAAUGCCGACUGGCGACCCCCAGGGGGAGGGCCUUCUCUGUGGGGGCUCCUGCCCUUUGGAAUGAGCUGCCUACAGGGUUACGCCAACUUCCCGACCUCCGGACCUUCAAACGCGAGCUUAAGACCUUUUUGUUCCACUGUGCGGGGCUGGCCUAACGAAAUUUUUAAUUGGGGGGUUUUAUGAGGGUUUUUAUGAUAGUUUUAACUUAUUAUGGCCAAUUUUAGAAUCAGUUUUUUGAAAUGUUUUAAUUUUUGUUUAUGUCUCUGUUGUUUUAUUUUGGCUGUAAACCUCCCUGAGUCCUUCAGGAGAAGGGUGGUAUAAAAAUCAAAUAAA